AAUACGAGUUUAAAUUAAUAUUCGAGAGAGAAAGAGAAAGAGAGGAAAAAUAAUCAGGUGGCAAACGGCAGACGCGAAGAAAAAGAAGAAACCAACGAAAAAAAAAGAUAAUGAAUAAUAAUUAAAAUAUAUCGAGACGCGCAAGAUAAACAGAUUGAUGACAAGGAUCGAGGAUUUAUCUUGAAAUUAUUUGAAGACGCAGACUUCUGCAUCCUUCGAUGCAUAGACACACACCACAUAUAUAAUAUACACAAAAGCCUGAAUUCAAAUACUACGCAUUCACCUUUCUCUAUUACCUCCUGUGUGUGUCCUUAUUCUUUAUUUUCGUUAUCUCCAUCCCGUAUAUUUCGUCAUUUUGCCAACAAACGUUCGCUUCGGCACACAUAUACCGCACGCUAGUCCCAGGAUAACAAGGAUGAGUCCUCCUCUUGGAGAGAAGCACUAGAGACGAAGGAUCAUACCAUAUCCAAAUUAGAAAGGAGAAUAGAGAGCCUCCAAAUGGAUUACGACAGAUGCAAGGAUCUGUUGAACGACGCGAGCAAUCAUGAUUCCUGGAAGAAAGAGGUGGAGGAGAAGAAUCAACGUAUCGUCCAGCUGGAACAGCAGCUAAAAUGCUGCGAGAACCUGAAGGAUAAUAGAAUGAGCAAAAACGUCGAAACGCAGACGAAAGCGUACAAGAAUUUUUGCAAUCCGGAUAUGAAGAAUCGGCGAAUCGUCGCGCUGAAGCGGCAGGUGAUAGCCUUGAGCAAUUCCUUGAAAAAUCACGCCAAGAAACCGACAGAAUCCUCCGAGAAGGAUAACGAUGACAGAACGAAUGAGAAAGCUGAGGAAACCUGGAAGCAGGAAAUGGAGAUGAAGAAUCGACGUAUCGUCGAGCUCGCAGAAAUGACGUUGCUGGAAAAUCUACUGCGAGAGAACGUGGAUGUGCAGGUGCUACGCGAUCUCGAGAAGAUGAUGGACGGAAAGUCCAGACGGAUCGAAGAGUUGGAGGACGCCGUAAAGGAGCUCGAGGGCUUUCUCAAGGAGGACAUGAAGGAGAUACGUGAUCUGCGUUAUCAGAUGUCGCUCGAUAAAGAGCGCACUGUGGCGCUGGAAAGGUGCGUUCAGAAGUACGGUCUCACAAACUCGGGGAUCGACAAAACGAGGAUCAUAGAGCUGGAGGAGAUGGUGACGAGUCUGGAGUACGUCAGAGAACACGACGUCGACGGUCUUAAACGGAAGCUGCAGGAUCGGGAAUGCAGGAUCGAUCAGUUGGAGAAUCAGAUCGUCGACCUGAAUAAAAGCUGUCGAGAUUCGAGGAAACUCAAUCGAUCGGAGAUGUAUUGA